AACAAGUGAGAAGCGGGGCCGCUACAGAGCGAGAAAAGGCGGUGAGUGGCGACGCAGCGGAGAAAGGUUCCAAGGGAGUAGCGCCAUUACAGUUUUCCUUACAACAAUGAGGCGUAGUUCAAGUACCAGUCGCAUCAGUUGCCGGCAAUCAAUCCAGCCACUCAGGGUGCAGGAUUCUAACAAGACGGGACUUCAUACACCCCAACCGCAAGAAAGAAGGACAACAUUUGGAAAGCAGAGUGUGGGAAAGCAUGCACCAGGGACAUCAGAAAGGAAAACCAGUUUUUUUGGCAAAAGGACUAGUGGCCCUGGGAGCUUACGGAACAGCCAAUAUGGUGCUUUCGGAAGUAUGGAAAAAAUCAAGGACCCUAGACCACUUCAUGACAAAACAUUCAUUCAGCAAUGUAUCCGUCAACUUUGUGAUUUUCUUAUAACAUAUGGAUAUGGUCCUACAGUCUCUGUGAAAUCACUCCAAACUCCAUCUGUUAAGGACUUUGUGAAAAUUUUCAGUUUUAUUUAUGAACUCUUUUGCCCUUCAUAUGAGCUUCCGGGUUCUAAAUUUGAAGAAGAAAUCCCAAGAAUUUUUAAAGAGCUUGGGUAUCCGUUUGCUUUGUCGAAAAGCUCUAUGUAUACUGUGGGAGCUCCUCAUACAUGGCCUCAGAUUGCAGCAGCUCUGGUCUGGCUGACAGAUUGUUACAAGUUGUAUAUUUCUAUGAAAGAAAACCCACAAUCAUUUGAUGAAGGACAGAUUUUGGGAGAGACUGAAGAUGGAAUUCUGCAUAACAAGCUCUUUUUAGAUUACACUGUAAAAUGUUAUGACCAUUUCAUGAGGGGUGGAGACACUUUUGAAGAAUUUGAUGCUGAAAUACACUCCAAAUUAAGAGAUCUGUUUAAGGUACAUGAAAAUCGUUUAGAGGUGUUAGAAGAAGAAGAAAAAAGGCUGAAUGAAGAGAUUGCAAGGCGUGAAAAAGAAAGAGAAAGUGAACCAGACCGUUUACAGCAUCUGCGGAGACUGAAAUCAUCUUUACAGACAGAUGUUAAGAAAUAUGAGGCUUAUAUGGCCAAUCUGGAAUCUCACUCAUGUGGUAUCAGUCAAAAGUCAAAGAGUAUUACAGAGGAGCAUGAAUCUGCUGCCCUGGAAAUUGAAGCACUAAAACAGGAAAACAUACGACUGAAGCUAAUUUGUGAUAAUCAGAAGUAUUCCACUGCAGAUAUUGAGAGACUGAAUUCUGAAAUAGAGGAGCUGAAACAGACAGUAAAUAAAUUAACCAAGGAAUUAGAGGCAGAGCAACAACAACUGUGGAAUGAGGAAUUAAAAUAUGCAAGAGGAAAAGAGGCAAUUGAAGCUAGUUUGGCAGAAUACCAUAAACUGGCUCGAAAAUUAAAACUAAUUCCUACAAGUGCAGAGAAUUCUGGUGGUCUUGAUUUUGAAAUUAAAUUUAAUCCCGAUGCAGGGCCUAAUUGUCUGGCUAAGUACAGAACUCAGAUUCGUGCUCCCCUUCUGAAUCUCAUAAACAAGACUGAAGAGGAGAUUGCAAAUGCAACAAAGAGAAAAAUUGGCUUAGAAGACACCUUAGAACAGGUAAACACAAUGGAAGCUGAACAGAACAGCAGUGUGAAAAUGCUAAGAGAAGAAGCACAGAAACUGGAAGAUUUGUAUCAGCAAAAAACAAAGGAAGUUGUAGAAGAAGAAGAAAAGAGUAACAAAGAGCUGGAGUUGUUGGAGAAACAUAAAAGUUUGCUUUAUAAUGGUGUCAAUGAGGGUGUCAGUGAAGCCAUGAAGGAACUACAUGAAAUCCGAUGCCGAUACCAAGUGGUUAUGCAAACAACUUCAGAAGAGAGCCGGAAAGUAGAUAAAAAUCUGCAGUAUCUUCUGGAACUAAUAUUUACUCAUCUUGAGUCAGUUGAGAAAUACUUGACUGAACAGAAUGCAAAAAUUGACAGAGAAUUUCAUGGAUUUUUAUCUCAAGAUCCACUGAUGAACUUGAAAGAAAUGCUAGAUAAUUACAAAAAGAAGAUGAGUACUCUGUAUGCCUCAGACACAUGAGUGAAAAUAUUAUCUGUAUAAUAUAUAAAAAUGUUUACUUGCUAAGGUUCCAUAAUUUUUUUAGGAUAAUGAAUAUUUUCAAUGUGAAAAAAUGUUGAAAGUAAAUAAAAUAUCUCUGUAGCAAUAAAUUGGUCCAGCAGUAUAUCUUACUGUUAAUUUCUAAUUUCUUAAUAUGAAAGAAGUAAUAAUUAGCAAUGUCAUUUCUAAAUUGAUGGUUAGCAGUCUUGUUCAUUGUCUGGUGCCCAACAUGGAAAAGAAAAAAACUUAUGUACAACACGGAAACAAAGAAUUAUAACGUGUUUGGGAGAAAAACCAUCAUUAUUUUCUUGGAAGGAAGACUCUAAAGUCCUUUUCAAGUGUUCACAUACAUGCAGGACACUUAAGAUUUAAAUAAGAAAAGUGCUGCACUCAUGAAAAAGAACAUCCCAUGUUUGAACACCUGCUUUGGUUAUAGUUUUCCCUACAAAAGUUUAUGCUUACCUUAUCGAUAUUAAGUGUCAAGAAUAGCCAGAACAGGACCAGCACUAUAGUGGCAUUCCUAUUUCAAAAUAUGAAUACUUGGUAUGUAUAAUUUGGGCCUAAUGUUAUCAUUCCCUGGUAAACAGAUCUAAGGACUACAUCUGAAUUUUGAACUGCUUUCCUUAAACAAAAUUUAAGUCUCAGGACUUGAUAUCUUCAGGGUAUCAAUAAAAUAUCCGCAGUUUUGACUUUAAAUUUUUUUCCAGAUGAAAUGCUAGGAAACAUAUGCAAGUAGUUCUAAGACUAUUACAUUGCAUGUAAUAUACAUGUAUGCUAUAAAAUAUUUAGAACAGGAAUCCUAGCAAUGACAAUGGAGAACAGAUACAAAAAUAUCUGAAGCUAUAUAACCUCUUCAAAAUGCAGCAGCCACAAUAUUAGUGGCUAAAAAAAGGUCCUAGGUAUAUUUCUAACUACAUGGAUAUCCUCCAUAAAGGGAGGAACUGAUUGCCCAGAACCCCUCUUAUAUAGGUUCUGUUAAUGUAUGUAGCUGAUAUAGGCUAUGAAUGGAACAUAGACAUGACUGCUCAUGUUCUUUCAAUGAGUGUAAAUUCCAUCAGCUUCAUCCCUUGACUAUUGCAAUAUGUUCUAUAUCUAGGAUUCCUGUUUCUAAUUUAUAUCAUACUGCAUACAAACUAGGAAGUUCCCUUUAAAUACAUACAAAAGAUCCAUUUUUUUCAUACACAAAUACGUUUUGUUUUUUUGAAGGCUUCAUCCCAUCUCUGGAUAAGGAACUCUGGAAUAUUUGUGCCUUUCUGUAUACAUGAACAAUAAAUAAGGAACAGAUAUGGUAAACUCAUUAUAAAUUACUGUGCCUGUGGUAUUCAGUUGAAUGUAAGCCUUGAACCUGGUGGAUCUUGCUAUAGCUCAUUUAAUCCAUGUUUUAAUCUUGCUUUGUAUAUAUCUUCACUUUUACAUUGUACUUUUCACUCACUUCUUCAAGGUGACACCUAUAUCCAUAAUACAUUCCUUUGAUUAUGGAAUAUAGUAUUUAAUGGAAUAUACAAUAUUGCUAUGAAAGCUGUUUAUAUUUGUUGAAUUUAAACCAUUUUAUCUUACUAUAUUUCUCAGGCAAAGUAGUUUUAAAACCUUUUUUACAUUAAAACCUAUGUUCCAUUCAUAGCCUAUAUCAGCUACAUACAUCCUUUUUUACAGGAUUUGUUCAGAUCACUUGGAAUAAGAUCUAUUACAACUCAAGAUUGUAAAUAUGCUAAAAGAACUGUUUAAAAAAUACAAGUUUAAUAAAUGAGAUUUGACAUAGUGACCAAUGUAAGACUAUAGUUUCAAUUCAGUAUGUAUGUAUACAUUUUGUACGUAAACAUUUUGUAAUGUUUUGAAUCAUAUUUUCAAUGAUGUGAUGGCAUCUAGAUAGCAUCUGCUUUUACUGUAAUAAGGUUCAGUUAUUAAAACCAAUAUUCACUUUUCUGAUGUCGAAGUACACCAAGCCUUAAAACCUGAGUCUGUGUUUCUGGAGUAUGAGCACACAGACAAUGAGUAAUGUUCAUGGUUUCAUAUAUUUGUAGUAUUUGUUUAUUCUUGAAGGCACUAAUUAAAAUGCAAA